CGGAAGCAUCUGCCGCAACCACCCGGCGGAGACCACGAAUACACCAUCUACGAGGCAUACAACACAGAUGAGAAUACCACCUUUCGCGAGCACCAGCCGCAAGACACCCACUCAUCGAGCCUUAUCGUCGGUGGUGGUCUCGGCGUCGCGCCCAACGGACUACACGUCCUCGAGCGCCUCGACCCAGAUCUACUACACGACGUAGUCCAACGAAGAUACAUGGUAGACCACAGCAACCUGAGAACCAAACACGGCCACUUGCUCAUGAGGUUGCCCUCCUCUGGAACCUGUCCAUCAUCCAACCGCUACUCCCCGACACAUCCCCUCGGAAUCAGUCGUCACGCCCUCUGGCAGGGUCUACGUCGCCGCAUCCCCGACGCCAUUAUCGUCAACAAACGCGUAUCCAGCGUAACCGCCAACCCGACAGGCCCCAACACCAUCACCUUCACAGACAACAGCCCCCCCAUCCACGCAGACCUGGUCAUCGGCGCCGACGGCCUCAAAAGUAUCGUCAAACAGGCCUUAUUUCCAGAAUCAACCGAAGAUCCCUACCCUCCCCACUACGACGACUUCCCCCUCAUCCCCCGCGGCUCCAUGACCUUCCUCUUCAGCGGCACCGGUUUCUUCGGGUACUUCUACGCCACCAGCUCCCCUACCGCGCCCUAUCGGUCCUCCCUACACCACAUCUCCCCCCCCCCAGGCGACACCCUAGCGUGGUGGACCACCUACUCCCUCCCUACCCCUACCCCAACCCCUAACCACCCACCUCCGUACCCGAUACGCAUCCUGGACCGACCCAGUCGUGCAACACAUCCUCCCCACCCUCUCCGUGGAAAAUAUCUGGCCGGUAUGCACGUCCCCGUCUCUACCGACCUGGGAUCGCGACGGGGUGGUGCUAAUCGGCGACGCGGCGCAUACCCUCCCUUCUACGUCGGGACAGGGAUGUUCGAUGGGACUAGAGGAUGGGGAGGCUUUAGCUCUCUUCUUAACACAU